AUGGCUUUAUUUUUCUUCUACAGAAAGACUGCUGCGGAUGUGGACAACCGUAUCUCGAAUACUGCCAUCCACAACUUCUCCUCUCGGCGCCUCUCUUACGAAGAACGAAAGCUACUGGGUCUCGGCAUCAAGUUCAUUCCAAGGCCUCCACCUAUGUCUCCUUCUCUUAUUGCUGAAGAAUUCAGAGCUUUUGCCCGUUUGUUUCGUCUUCGCGCCUUUUUUGGUCCGGACUCAGAUGCUCCUGCUCCUGCUUCUCCUUUCACCAGAGCCUCGUUCCCACCAAAGUUCAAAAAGCGCAACCCCUUCUGGAAUCCACCUGAUCGGUGCUAUCCUCUAGAAGAUAUUUUGCAACAAGGCGAAGCAAUCCUGCAAAAACAAUUGGCUUCCGUUUCUUUCUCUGCUCGGCCCAUGUUGCCUUCCAGACUGCUCAAGAGUCUAAAAACUCUGAAACGGGAUAAGUCGAUUAUCAUCAAACCCGCUGAUAAGAAUCUCGGACUUGUCAUCCUGGAUUCUUCUUGGUACCGCUCAGAAGGCCUUAGACAACUUUCUGAUUCUCUGGUCUAUGAGCGUAUUGACUCUGUUCCUUGGCAUAUUAUCUGGAAACGGCUCUCUGUAAUCAUUAAGGACUUCAAGUUCCUUCUUGAUCCUGUAUCUGCCUUCCUCACUAAAUUUCCACCUCCCUCUGCGCGGCCCUGUGCUUUCUAUCUUCUCCCGAAGAUACACAAACCCGUCUUGGUUGGUCGGCCCAUCUGCAGUUACUCAGGUUAUAUCUUAGAGCCUGCUUCUCAGCUUUUACACCAUCUUUUGUUUCCCAUCCUGCUUGAACAGAAGUCCCACCUUUCUGACUCUCGUACUCUCUUGCGAGAUCUCGGUUCUCUCCAUCUCCCUACAAGCUGUAUCCUUUUCACCUUUGAUGUGGAAUCUCUGUACCCCAGCAUCCCUACUCCUGCGGGUCUUGCAGCUCUGGAAGAGAUGGUUUCAGAUUACUUCAGAGAGAAUUCUUUUGAUUCUCGGCUUGUUGAUCUGAUUGUCAGAUUGGCUACUUUGGUGCUCACUUUUCACUACUUGGAUUUUGAUGGCAUUACUUACAAGCAAGUCAGAGGAACUGCUAUGGGAAGCAACUUCGCAGUUGUCUAUGCCUGCCUCUUCCUCUGCCAUCUAGAAAACCGUCUGUUUGCCAGUUUUGAUUGUUCUGAGCUCCUGUUUUUCAAGCGGUAUAUUGAUGAUGCAGUUGGUGUCUGGACUGGUUCUGAAGAGACUCUAUCUCUCUUUUUUCAGCACUACCAGAUGUUCUAUCCCGAAAUUAAGAUCACAACUUGUGUUUCUUCUUCUUCGGUGAACAUCCUGGACAUUACUUUUUUCAAGGGAGAACGCUUCUCUGCUUCUGGUAUUCUUGACACUUGUUGUUUCCAGAAGCCUCUGAACGCCUACCAGUACAUCCCUUUUGGAUCCUGGCACCCUCAGCACCAAAAGAAGUCUUUUAUUAUCAGUGAACUGCGCAGAUAUCUUCUUCGGGAAUCCAGUCCCUCUGGUUUUAUUCAGCUGAAGAAAAUGUUCUAUCUCAGGCUUCGAGCUCGCGGCUACCCUAAGAAUUUCCUGCUCCAGUGCUUCAACAAGGUCUCUCGGACAGACAAGUCAGUGCUCCUCAACAAGCUUCAGCUUCAGCCCUUCAAGAGGAGAGGGGCCCCCCUGAUUCUUAAGCUGGAUUAUUGCUCAGCCACUAAAGCUUUAAAUCUCGGGGCCACCCUAAACCCUACACUUCAUCGGCUCUGCCAAGAAGUCCCUGAACUGCAACACAUAUCCCCUCCGAGAGUCUGUUGGCCUGAACUGCAACACAUAUCCCCUCCGAGAGUCUGUUGGCGCAAUCCUAGGAAACUAGGAUCUUUCUUGCUCAGGAGCAGAUUCCUUUCCAGAGGAUAA